UUUUUCAGCGUGGGGAAAUUGUCAGAAAGCCGCCUUCAACUCCACUGGCUCGGAACAUUUGGAGACCUGGCUCCAGCAUUUGGGCCCCCCUCUGCUACUGCACAAAGUGAAGGUUGAUAUGCCACAUCAGUGAUGGAGCCCAUGACGGUGACGACGUCGGUGGUCGGACCGGAUGAGUUCGACCGUAAUGCCCCGCGGAUCUGUGGUGUGUGCGGCGACAAGGCCACCGGCUUCCACUUCAAUGCCAUGACGUGUGAAGGCUGCAAGGGCUUCUUCAGGCGCAGUAUGAAGCGUAAAGCCUCCUUCACCUGUCCAUUCAACGGGAGCUGCACCAUCACGAAGGACAACCGGCGUCACUGCCAGGCCUGUCGUCUCAAACGCUGCAUUGACAUCGGCAUGAUGAAAGAGUUCAUCCUGACAGACGAGGAGGUUCAGAGGAAGAAGGACAUGAUAUUGAAGAGAAAGGAGGAGGAGGCAGCCCGGGAGGCGAUGAGGCCACGUCUGAAUGAGGAGCAGGCCCGGAUCAUCUCCUCCCUGGUGGAAGCUCACCACAAGACCUAUGAUGCCUCCUAUUCUGACUUCUCCCGCUUCAGGCCUCCAGUGCGUGAAGGCCCAGUAACACGCAGUGCCAGCAGAGCCGCCUCCCUUCACUCUCUGUCUGAUGCCUCCUCUGAUUCAUUCAACCACUCACCUGAGUCGGUGGACACCAAGAUGAACUUCAGCAGCCUGUUGAUGAUGUACCAGGAUGGCGCGAGCAGUCCAGACUCCAGUGAAGAGGAGACAAAGCUGUCCAUGCUGCCCCACCUGGCUGACCUGGUCUCCUACAGCAUCCAGAAGGUCAUUGGCUUUGCCAAGAUGAUCCCAGGCUUCAGGGAGCUGACAGCAGAAGACCAGAUCGCUCUGUUGAAGUCGAGUGCCAUUGAGAUCAUCAUGUUGCGUUCAAACCAGUCCUUCAAUCUGGAGGACAUGUCCUGGAGCUGCGGGGGACCUGACUUCAAAUACUGCAUCACUGAUGUUACUAAGGCGGGUCACACUCUGGAGCUGCUGGAGCCGCUGGUGAAGUUCCAGGUCGGCCUGAAGAAACUCAACCUGCACGAGGAGGAACACGUGCUGCUCAUGGCCAUCUGCCUGCUCUCCCCAGAUCGCCCCGGUGUCCAGGACCACAGCCGGAUCGAGCAGCUCCAGGACCAUCUUUCAGAGACACUGCAGGCCUACAUCCGGGUCAAUCACCCGGGUGGACGCCUCCUCUACGCCAAGAUGAUCCAGAAGCUGGCCGACCUGCGCAGCCUGAACGAGGAGCACUCCAAGCAGUACCGCUCGCUCUCCUUCCAGCCCGAGCACAGCAUGCAGCUCACCCCGCUGGUGCUGGAGGUGUUUGGCAGCGAGGUGUCGUAGCAGUGGAAGGAGGGCACGCUCGCGCAUCACACACAGGAUGAUUAACCAACCCCUACCACCUUUUCCCCAAGAAAACCCCAGCCCUGACAUACCUGGACAUGUGGGAGAAAAUGGAUAAUCACAUAGGUAGAUGGUUACCUUCACCUCUUCAUCAUCUGCCCAUCCUCCUACUCCUCCGCCUCCGGACCUCAAGCAGCAAGACUCAGAUGCCUGGACCUCUGGAUUUAUGGAUUUAAGACACCUGAAUGGUUUUCUGCAGCACUUGGAUGGCCAGAUUAUAUUUUGACCUCUGGAUUCUCAAACACAGUACCGCAUUAAACGUCAACGUAGACAUCUGGAACGGACAGAACAUCCAUGAUCCAAAAAUUGCCUUUUGUCAUCAUCACCUUUCCCCUGGACAUCACUGCUAGAUGCCUGCCAUUUUUUUAUGGUGGAGACAGCUAAAUGGAUGUGACACUCACAUCCCUUUUUACCAUCGUCCUCAUAACAUUGUCCAUGUACACAUCAUCGCGAUGACAGAGAGGAAUAGAUGCACAGAUUUACAUGUUAUUAACCAUGCAGGCACUUGUGAGGUACAGAUAAAUGACUAGCAAUGUUACAACACUAGUGUUAGAUAGCUAUAAACUAUCGUCGAUUUACAAAUCUCUGACAGCAAAGAUAUCCAAAUAUAUUAAACAUCAACAUGGUAAGCCUUGGGCAAGCUUAAUAUGAUGUAAUGGAAAUAAUUAGUUUAGUAGUUGAAAAAUACUUGGUUAAGAUGGAGUCUAGCAGGUGCGUUUUCCUGCUUAGCCCAGUGUAUCUGUGUUUUUGCAACGAGAG